GAGCUUCUCCAGCAGUUCGCGCAUAUCCUUCAUAUCGGUUCUGUUCUUCUGUUUAUAACAGUGUGAUGUAACUUUCACGGACCAAACGAGUGACGUCAGUCGUUUGCCUUCUCAGAUUUAUUACAGAAUCUCUUUUGAGGAGACCGAAACAGCUGAUAAUAGAUUUUACUGUUGUGCGUAUCGGGCGUUUAUCUUUACUCAUUUUUACGUGUUUUUCCGGUUGUUACAUUACUUCUUCCGGUUUUGUGACGUAUGUGUAUGUCAAGUGACAGUGCGUUACUAAUUUGUGUUUUAGAAAGUGAUUGCAGUUUAUGUGGAAAUACAUAAUUUUCAAGAAAGUUUACAUUCCAAAAAUGAUGUGAUAGUGACGAUUGGAAAUGUAAUAUUUUUCUAUCAGCAUUUUGGCCGACAUCUUAAGGCCUUUUAACUGGAUUCAGCAAUGCGAGGCUCGAAUUCAUCGUCAACAUCAGUGAAUUACCGUUACCAACCUGGUAGAUACUCUAGUCUUAGUCCUUUAAGAGGUCCCAGUGUUACUUCCGUGAGCGAUGUUUGCAAUAAAACCGUCGUCAGGAUCAGAAGAACUGGUCUUCAACAAGAAAGAAUACGAGUUGUAUGCACCACUCGCCGACAACAUGUCAGCAGACUGGUUACUGUUUCAGACGCAUGCCAUUCGUUACCUGCUUUACGGAAACAUGUUACAGUUAUCAGCUUUCCUCCGAAGAUGGAGCGCUCCCAGAUAGUAAACUCCAUGGGCAGCUCGGAUCACAUUCAGGAACAAACGUAUAUUCAAGCUCCAAGUUUUGUACAAUCUCAAAAUUACGUUAACAACUCUUCUGGUUCGAUUUACUGCAGAUCUCCGAACUCAACGAAUUACGUCUCAGUUGCGCAGCCACUUCAUAAGAAAGGGUCUCUCAGGAACGGAGAUGUCCUUAAGCGAUCAAGAGUGCAAACGACUUACGAGUUAUCGCAAGAUAUCCUAGACAAGCAAAUCGAGGUAUUGGAACGUAAAUAUGGAGGAGAUAAGGCACGAAACGCAGCUCUUACUAUUCAAAGAGCUUUUAGAAGAUACACGUUACUUAAAAAAUUCGCAGCUAUUACAGCUAUGGCAAAAGCCGAAAAGAGGAUUAGUCGAAGAUUACCUGCAACUACCGAAGACUAUAACCAAACACCCACUACUGAACAACCAUGCAACGAGUAUGCUUAUAGCUUUGAUAACCACGAUUGUAAUUCUUUGAGGAUGAUGCCUGUGCGAUCAAUGUCUUUAAGAGAAAGGAGACACAUAGAUAAUAUGCAUUUACCACGUAGUCAGUCUGGAACUCCCACUGUUUGUUGGGAAAAUUAUUCUUCCUCUUCAUUACAGCAUUAUUAUUCACCAGCUGAGAACAAAUCUGAUCUUUCUACACAAGUUACUCCCAGUAGCACUUCUUGUGGCACUCCAGUUAUGUCAUCAAAUGGAUAUAUGCGCUCCAGGAAUAGUUUGUCAAGUAGAAAAGUACCACCGGAGGUUCCUAAAAGAACUUCCAGCAUUUCGUCUAAAUCCAUAGAACCGCAUCGCCAAAAAAGUAAUGGGUUAAUAAAAACUACGGAAAACGGGUCUUUAUCAAGUGUACAAAGUUCUGGCAGCGAUAGUAGUAUUUCUACUGAAAGAUUACAGUGUGAAUAUGCUAGUUCGCCAGUGUGGAAACGGAAAGGUAACAACAGUGGGUCCGAAUAUGCAGAGCCGGCAUUAGAGACUAGUCUUGGAAAUAUAUCUAAUGUUAGUUCAUCGACUUAUACUUUAGUAGAGAGAGGAACAGAUCAACAGAACCCCAAUAGUUAUAAGAUUUCAGAAACCAUUAGGAAACGGCAAUACCGCGUGGGUCUUAACUUAUUUAAUAAGAAACCAGAAAAAGGUAUCGCCUACCUCAUCAGAAGAAGCUUUUUAGAAAAUUCUCCGCAAGGAGUAGCUAGAUUUCUUAUUUCGCGGAAGGGCUUGAGUAAACAAAUGAUUGGGGAAUAUUUAGGAAAUUUACAAAGUCCUUUCUGUAUGGCUGUGUUGGAAUGUUUUGCUGCCGAGCUGGAUCUUUCUGGCAUGCAAGUUGAUGUUGCAUUGAGAAAAUUCCAACAACAUUUCCGAAUGCCCGGAGAAGCUCAGAAAAUUGAAAGAUUAAUGGAAGUUUUCUCCCAACGAUAUUGUCAGUGCAAUGUAGAUAUUGUUGGACGACUGAGAUCACCAGAUACUAUUUUUGUUCUCGCUUUUGCAAUAAUCAUGCUUAAUACAGAUUUGCAUACUCCAAGUAUAAAGCCAGAAAGGCGCAUGCGCUGUGAAGAUUUUAUUAAAAACUUAAGAGGUAUUGAUGAUUGCGGAGACAUUGAUACUGACAUGUUGGUAGGAAUAUACGAUAGAGUGAAAGCCAACGAAUUCAAACCUGGAUCAGAUCACGUGACACAAGUAAUGAAAGUACAAAGUACUAUAGUGGGAAAAAAACCAAAUAUGGCUCUACCACAUCGCAGGUUGGUGUGCUACUGUCGUUUAUAUGAGAUCCCGGAUAUCUAUAAGAAAGAGAGACCUGGUGUGCAUCAAAGAGAAGUGUUUCUUUUUAAUGAUCUUCUAGUAAUUACAAAAAUUCUGAGCAAGAAAAAAUCAUCAGUUACAUACACUUUUAGAAAUAGUUACCCUUUGUGUGGCAUGGUUGUAACUCUAUUUGACGUUCCACAUUAUCCAUAUGGUAUAAGACUAAGCCAGCGAGUAGAUCAAAAAAUACUAGUUACAUUUAAUGCCAGAAACGAGCAUGAUAGAUGUAAGUUUGCAGAAGAUUUGAAAGAGGCUGUUAGUGAAAUGGAUGAAAUGGAAAAUCUUCGAAUAGAAGCUGAAUUAGAAAGACAAAAAUCUAAUAGGGGAGGAGGCAGAACAGGUACAGAAAAUCGCGAUAGUGGUGUGGCAGAUGUCGAAGUAUGUCCCUAUCAAUGUCCUUGUUCCCAAAUGCCAUCAAUGAGCGCCAAUGAAGAAGAAAUUCACAAUGAUCCACAGAUUAAACGAUCAGCUCUUAGCAAUUCACUUCUUGACAUCCAUGAACAGUUUGCAGGAGAGAAGACACAGAGAAGAGGUAGUGUCGGUUCGUUGGAUAGUGGAAUGUCUGUAUCAUUCCAAUCAACAUCGGCGAGCUCCUGCUCCCGCAGCGAUAAAUUAGCCGUCAAACAAGGGGGAAAAUCGGGAAUAUUGAACCUGCAAGGUCAUCAAAGUCACCAAGGUUUUCUAGGAGGAAUUUUUAAGAAGCAAUCAUCCGGCGCCAAGUCCACAGAAGUAUAAAAUAUUUUAAAUAUUUUUCGCUUGUAAUGGGUAGUAUUUAAUGCUGCAAUAUUACUGCUCAUUAUAUGUUACCAAGUUUUGCUCGAGUUUGAAAUAUCAAAUUAGAUUUUGAUAUCUUAGACUAAUGCCUAUUAUAAUACUUUUGAAACGUUGAUACAUUUUUCAAUUUUUUUUUACUUUAGAAGUAAGUCCAGGAGAUCUGUCCACACCUGUCCCGUUCAAAUAUUUUAUUUACUAAUAUCAACAAACAUUAAUUUCGAAUCUAUUUUUAUCAUUGUAAAUAAUUUUCUUGUAAUAAGAAAUGCUUAUUGUAAAUUGUACCUGGCAAUUAAUAAUAAAUAAUUGAAAAUGGGGUAAAAAUAUGUUAACUAGAUGUUGCUUAGUCAUGUCAAUCAUUUUAUAUGCAUAAAUAAAAUAUAAGUAAUUUUGUAUUACAAAUUAUAAAAAUAAAUUCGAAUUCAUGAAGUUAUAUAGGGCGAGAUAGUUCCACAAAAUCAUUUACUGCAGUCUCUAUCAUCAAUAUUAGUCCUACUAUACUGCUUUUGUAGAAAAUGCAAUUUCUUUGAUGAAGUUAAUGAGUUUUUGGAAUUAAUAGUCUUAUAGUAGUACUUAAUGCCCCAUAUAGAGAUUAAUACUCUGAGAUCAGACCAUUAUGUGAAGUUCAUCUUUUUCACUUCAAACAUACAUUUUGAACUCCAAUGUCUAGUCGUAUUUAUUGUAAAUUUGGUGAAUGUAUAUAGUUUUUAAAUAGUUGUUUUGAGGAAUAUUAAACUACAUCGACCUAUAUUGAGAUAUAAUUACUCGAAUGGUAUUAUAAUAGACAUAGUAGCACAUAUUUAAAUGAAAUAUCAUGUAUUCAGUUCACUUAAUUAAAAAUUUGUUUUACAUUUCACCAGUACAUACUUUUCCAUUUUGAUAUAUAGUAAUUCUUUUACUAAAACUCUUCAUUUGCUUGUAAUAUUAUGUUUCUUGUUAAAUCUAGUUUUGUUUAAUAUUUUUUCCUAAUUAAAGACAUUCAUUAUUGAAUAUUCAACGGCAACCUUGCACUGCUAAGCCAUUAAGUUUUAGAUACACUUGGUAGAAAGUAAUUGUCACAUGAAAUUACCUGUUUCUACUUUUAAACCCCUCUUGCUAUUCUACUCUGAUCUUUAUUGAUUCCCUUGGUUUUAUUACAAAUAUUAGUUAACGAUACUGCGUCAAAUCAUAUAUGAAAUUAUAAUUAUAUGGAGACUUUCUGUAGUCCUACCAAUUUGUAUUAUUUUUAUCUGUAAGGUGAUUCUGGAAAAAAUAUUGAAUGAUUCAUUGUAAGCUUUGUAUUUUGAGAAAUUACUAUUCGUUUUAAAAUAUAUUUGAAUUCUAAAAUCGCUUGUUUUUGAUAUAAAUACCGCUCUUAAUAAUAAUUAAAGAUGUAAUAAACACUUACAAUUGACUAUUAUAGAAUAAUUUGAUAUGAAAAGUAAAUUGGUGUUUUGUAUGAGGAGUUAUUCUUACUUCAUUGAUGACAUUAAUGUUGAUAAUAUUAAAAAUUUAAAUGCAAUAAAGAAGGCGGUUUAUCUGUGGCCCUACUUUCUGAAAAUAAUGAAUUAUUCAUGUUAUAUUAGCUAAAGAUUUAAUUUUAUGAAAAUUUAUUUAUUUUGUUCAUUAUGAAGAGGUACAUAUCAGAAAAGUGUUUUCUGUUCAUAAUAAAAUAAACUUAUUAGUAUUUAUUAUAGCGACCCGACAUCCCAUUCAUAAUGAAAGAGAUAUUUUUGGUAUUUCAAGGAAUUCAAAUCGGCAUACUAGGUAAAAAUAAUUUGUAAUUUAACACUAAUUUUCUUUUGCAAUUACUGCUUUAUGUACCUUUUGGUACAUUAAAAUUAAAUUGAAUUAUUACACUUGAAUGAUGGAAUUAUUUAUCGACUUGAUAACUAUUACAUACCUGUGAUAUCUUGAUUAUUUGGAAUGUGAAUAAAUAGAAUAAUUUAUUAUUUAUCAGAACUAAAAUUUCUGUUGGUCAUCAAAAACUUUGUAAAGUUUAGAAAAUAAGUCAGUUUGAUCAAUAUUAGUACUCUUGUUCAUACUAUUUUUAUUUAUUCUAUUGCCAUUGAAACAAGGAACAUAUUUCUAACAAAUUUUUGUAUAUUUAAAUUGUUUUAAUAUUUCUAGAACAAGUUACCCUGUGUAUAAAAUACUACUAUGUAAGGAGUAACCUAUUUGUUUGUAUAUUUUAAGUUGUGCAUGACAAAAGUAACCAAAUAUAUUUUCACCAUUUUUAAGUGUUAA